AUGAGUAAAGUAUAUGACAUGAGACAGAGAGCUGAGGAGAGUCCAGUGGCGUUUUUAGAAUGCCUGCAGGAGGCCUUCAGGAGAUACACUCCAUACGAUCCAGAAGCACCAGAGACAGAGCUGACUCUGAUCUUCGCCUUUGUGAAAUCAGGCAGCAUCAGACAUCCGAAACUGGACAGGCUAGGAGAAAGAGGGGGGCUAUAUCCUACCAAGCCCAUCCCACAGCAUCCAGACCUCACUCUGCAGAAGAUUAUAUAUAAGCGCCCAGGACUCCCCUAUCCACAGGAACUUCUAACUUCUUUAAAACAAGAGCUUCCUUUAAGCACAAAACAUGGUCAAGGAGGACCCUGGCUCGAGAUCACCGUGGUUACCAUUAACAGCGACAUUGUCCCAGUGGAUUAUGUUACCUGGUCCACAUUUAACACAGUGUUCCUGAACAGCUGCUGCCUGGGUUUCAUUGCCUACAUCUUCCCUGUGAAGUCCAGGGACAGGAAGAUGGUGGGCGAUCUGACUGGGGCCCAGACCUAUGCUACAACUGCUAAGGGACUGAACAUCAGUGCUGUGGUCGUCUCCAUCAUCACACUGAUCUUAAUUAUCCUUGUAAGCAGCCAAAGAAGUUAGAGGACGGGUACUAAGAGUGGGAUUCCACGAAGUACGUGCUCUUCGAAUUCAGAGCCAAAGGACUGAAUUCUCUCGCACACUGUUUUCUUGGGGAAAGUAUGCAUGUGCCCCGCCCUUCCCAGUUGUCCCUUAUCCUGGCUAGUGGCCCUGACCUGUCACUCUGCUCCUCACGUAACUGGUACCCUCACACAUCUGUUCACGGUGGAGUCAAUAACGUGCAUAUGGUAGCAAUUGUGCAUUGACUCUCUGUUCCCUGACUGGUCCUGUGCUGAACUUACUCAGGGUUUCCCUGGCUUCCUUCCUAAGAGGAGCUGUGGCGGGUAUAGUGCAGGGCAUUCACAGCUAGGAAGGCUUCUGGCCUCUUGUCGGAGACAGCAGCUGACGAGCGUCCUGCAUAGAGUCCUCUUUUACUUAGCAGGCACUGGCAGGCAGUAUCUAAGCAUUGCCUACCUCUGGCUCGACGUACCCAGAGCACCCAGGAAGGGUGCAGAGUCACAAGCUAGCAAGUCCUUAGUCCAGGGACAAAGGGCCAGCCCAGGGUCCUCCUCUUUCAAGAGGAAGAAGCCUCGACCCAGGCAAACUGUGUCUAGGAUUUCUGUAGUGGCUUCCGGCUUGGAUUCUGGGCAGACUGUAUAUGACACCCGCUGGGUGCUGCAAUGUACUAACCAAGAUGACCCUUACCUUCUCACUCAUGUCUCACAGGUUUACUUCAGGUCAAGGGUGGGCAGAGGGAGGUGAACAAGGGUCUUUGCUGCCAGGCGCCACCUGCUGGCGGAGCUCAUCAUCACUCUGUGGGUCCUGAGGUGUUGAGGGCGGAUCUCCAUGGGCUUUGGCACCCUUCACUAAUAGUCUGUACUCCAAAUUCACCUCUCCUCUUCCUGGAUGCCCUUGGCGCCUGUGUUCCCACCUCAUUUUAGGCACCCCAAGAUUACAAGUCUUUGAAGUCCCGGAAUGGCACUUUCUCCCUGUGUUGGUACUUGGGUUCUUGUUCUGGGUUCUGAUCAUCUUGUGAGACUAACCUAGCUUAGAGAUGCCCUCUUCGCCAAGGUCCAGGGUUCUGGAGCAGAAUCAUUCCCUUCACUGUCUUGGGAGCUGAGCCUGUCUUAAGAAGACAGGGAUCAGCCGGGGGGUGGUGGCACACGCUUUUAAUCCCAGCACUUGGGAGGCAGGCGGAUCUCUGUGAGUUCG